AUGGACAAAUAUAGUUCUUGUAAUAAUCACUAUCCACCUGAAGCUUUUAUGCUUAAUGGAAAAAAAUAUAAAACAUGUGCGACUUGUUUAAUUAAAAAAGCUGAGAAAAGAGCUGAAAAAAAAGCCUUGCCUGAUGAUAAUAAUGUUAAUAUACCUGAAGUUAUUUCAUUAGAAGAUUUAAGUGAAUAUUUUGCAGGGUUGACAGACAAUCUUGAGAAUAAUAUGGGGUUAUACUUUACAGUACAAGUUGAUAUUGCCGAUAUAUCUAUUUUAGUUAAUCAGAAUUUUAAUAUUAAGUUGAUUGCUAAUACAAUUGUUAAUUAUAUUGAAGAGAGUGAUGGUUACUCUUGGGUGUAA